ACUGCUGGCCAAAUAUAGGCUGCGCGGUGCCUCCUCUCCCGGGCAUGGCUUUUUCAUUGGAAGAAAGACAACAAUUGAAUAUACACGGUCUUUUGCCUCCUUGCUUUCUCAGUCAAGAUGUCCAGGUUUUAAGGAUUCUUGUGAAUUUUGAGAGACAAACAUCUGACCUAGACAGAUACAUUCUGUUAAUGGGUCUUCAAGAUCGAAAUGAAAAGCUUUUCUACAAAGUGCUGACGUCUAACAUUGAAAGGUUCAUGCCUAUUGUUUAUACUCCCACUGUGGGUCUGGCUUGCCAACAAUAUGGUUUAGCAUUUCGGAGGCCAAGAGGUCUUUUUAUCACCAUCCAUGACCGGGGGCACAUUGCUACAAUGCUUAAAUCGUGGCCUGAAGAUGUCAUCAGAGCUAUUGUGGUGACUGAUGGAGAACGUAUUCUUGGCCUUGGAGACCUUGGCUGUUAUGGAAUGGGCAUCCCAGUUGGUAAAUUGGCACUUUACACGGCAUGUGGAGGAAUGAAACCACAGGAGUGUUUGCCUGUAAUCCUGGAUGUGGGAACUGAUAAUGAGGAGUUGCUAAAAGAUCCCUUAUAUAUUGGACUGAGGCACAAAAGAGUCAGGGGUCAAGCCUAUGAUGAUCUUCUUGAUGAAUUCAUGCAAGCGGUGACUUUCAGAUAUGGCAUGAAUUGCCUUAUUCAGUUUGAGGAUUUUGCUAAUGCCAAUGCAUUCCGCCUCCUGAAUAAGUAUCGUAACAAGUACUGCACUUUCAAUGAUGACAUUCAAGGAACAGCAUCUGUGGCUGUUGCAGGUCUUCUAGCAGCUCUGCGCAUCACUGAGAACAAGCUGUCAGAUCACACUAUACUGUUCCAGGGAGCUGGAGAGGCUGCACUUGGGAUAGCAAAUCUGAUUAUUAUGGCUAUGCAAAAAGAAGGAACGCCUGAGCAUGAGGCCAUCAAAAAGAUAUGGAUGGUUGACUCAAAAGGAUUAAUAGUUAAGGAACGUUCCUCAUUAACAACUGAAAAAAUAAGAUUUGCUCAUGAGCAUGCUGAAAUGAAGAAUCUAGAAGAUAUUGUUAGAGCUAUAAAACCAACUGUACUUAUAGGAGUUGCGGCAAUUGGUGGUGCUUUUACAAAUCAGAUUCUCAAGGAUAUGGCAUUCUUUAACAAGCGGCCAAUCAUUUUUGCCCUAAGUAACCCAACCAGCAAAGCAGAGUGCUCUGCAGAACAGUGCUAUCAGAUGACUGAGGGGUGUGGCAUUUUUGCAAGUGGAAGCCCUUUUGACCCUGUGACUCUUCCAAGUGGGCGCACCUUCUAUCCUGGGCAGGGUAACAAUGCAUAUGUGUUUCCUGGAGUUGCCCUUGGUGUUGUUUCAUGUGGAUUGAGGUAUAUAAGUGAAGACAUUUUUCUCACAACUGCGGAGGUAAUAGCUCAACAGGUUUCAAAGAAACAUUUAGAGGAGGGUCGUCUAUACCCUCCAUUAGUCACUAUUCAAGAUGUGUCACUGAAAAUUGCUGUGAAGAUUGCUGAACAAGCCUACAGCAAUAAAACAGCAUCUUUCUAUCCUGAGCCUGAAGACAAGGAAGCAUUCAUCCGAUCUCAGGUUUAUAGCACUGAUUAUGAUAACUUUGUGGUGGACUCUUAUGUCUGGCCCAAGGAAGCCAUGAAAAUACAGACUGGAAAGCUUUAAAAGAAAAUGAACAAGAUAGCAGUAAUUGAAAGAGUUCAAAUACAUAUUACUUCUCUGUUAAAUCUAAAAAUUAUUUAAAAAAAAUCUUUAAUAGAAAAUGAACAAAGCAGCAAUACUUGGAAGAGUUAAAAUGUAGUUUUCUGUCAAAUCUAAAAAUUCUUAUUUUUUAAGAGUCUGAAAACUUUUACAAUAAGACUAAUAUUUUCUUAAAACUUUGUAUUUUUAUUUCAACUUAAUUGAUUAAGCUGCUAAAAUAACUACACAUAAGAAUAAAAAUUAAUUUGGGCAUCAGAUUUUGACAAGUGUUUGCCUUUUUUGCUUAUGAUUUUCAGAUGACUAGAACAGAAGGUUAUCUAUUAUGGAGAAUCACAUCUCUAUACAUUUCUGAUACUUUGUAAUAGAGAACUAAAUCCUGCUCUCAGUGAUGCCACUGACAAUUUUGUCACUAACAUCAAUGAAAUCAGGAUUACAUGCAAACUGACAAAUUGAAUAGUCUUAAACAUGCACAAUCUGUUUAAGGAAAGGCACAGUACAAUUUGCAUAUAAAAUAGCUAUACUAUUAUCUUUAAAUAAAAGCGAAAGCAUUUUUAAAACAAAUAUGUAGACUAUUUUUCCCUAGAAAAACUGCAUGUACAUUUGCAAUCAUGCAGGUGCAAUGGCACCAGCCAAGAGAAAGUUUUCUAAUGAGAGAAGUUAAUGACUAUCUCUUAAAAGUCAAGGUGUAUCUGGUUGAGUGGGUUUUUGUACUAAUAUAUAUAUUACCUAUGUUAAUCUUUAGUAUUCAUUUCUUUAAAAAAAAUUGUCCAUAGCACAUCUUAAAUAUAACCAUAUCUUCCAAAAAGUCAGUUGUGAUUUGUUUUUGUUAAAUUAUAUAUUUUACUUUUACAUUUUUUAUAUCUUAAAAUUGUAAGACUUCAUCACCUCUAUAUAAAAAACAGCUAUUCUCUUAUUCGGUACAAGUCAGUAGUGUGAGUCUCUGACUUGAGGCUCAUUAAAAUCCUGUGUGCUUUAUAUUCUGGGCAUAAAGAGCAUAUAAAAGGAUUAUGAAUAGGACUCUAAAUAUUUUGUAGAUAGGGAUACCGACGUUAGCCAUCUGCUUAGUAGUCUACUUCUGUAUCUGUGUUAAACCUGUAUAAACUCUCUUUCUAUAAAAUUUAUAAAUCUUUAAAUAUUUCAGAUUAGCGUGUGUUAUAACACAGACUGUUAUAGUGAAAGAAAUUUUAGUAAUAAAUAGAAAUAAUAAUUAGGGAAAAGAAAGCCUCCAUCCCUUAGAAGAGAACAAGCACAUUUUCUUAUUUUUGUUAUAUUAACUGAAUGUACUUUGCCCUUUGGCAUCUCGCUGUGAUAUUCAGUAUAGGGAUGUAAAAUCCCAUUUAAUCUAUGGAUGUUAGAUAACAUUUAUUUUAGUAAUUGUGUAGCUGCAAAAAAAAAUCCGUUAUGCGGUUCCUAAAAUACUCCCCAAGGGUGAGGCUGGUAGCCAGUGUGCUCCUGGCACCACUCCCAGGGGCAGUGCAGGGCAGCAGCAGCCCCUAUCCGCAAGAGGGCCGAGCUCCCCGUGGACAGAAGCUGUUCUC